AUGAAGAAGGAAGAGGAAGGGGAAGAAGAAGGAAGAAGAAAGAAAAGGGAAGAAGAGGAAAGAAGAAGAAGGAAGAGGAGGAGGAAGAAGAAGAAAGGGAAGAAGGGGAAGAAGAAGAGGAAGAAGAGGAAGAAGGGGAAGAAGAGGAAGAAGAGGAAGAAGAGAAAGAAGAGAAAGAAGGGGAAGAAGAGGAAGAAGGGGAAGAAGAGGAAGUGCUGGAUGAAGAAGGAAGAGGAAGGGGAAGAAGAAGGAAGAAGAAAGAAAAGGGAAGAAGAGGAAAGAAGAAGAAGGAAGAGGAGGAGGAAGAAGAAGAAGGGGAAGAAGGGGAAGAAGAAGAAGGGGAAGAAGGGGAAGAAGAGGAAGAAGGGGAAGAUGAGGAAUAAGAGGAAGAAGGGGAAGAAGAGGAAGAAGGGGAAGAAGAGGAAGAAGAGGAAGAAGGGGAAGAAGAGGAAGAAGGGGAAGAAGAGGAAGAAGUGA